CAUAUCCGGUUGUAUUCACAUUUCAUAAACACAGGCUGUAUGUUUUUCUUGAGUGGGUUUUUGUUUGUGUAAUAAAGCCCGAGUGUGUGUUUAGAAUGGAGAAAGUAGCUGAGGCGCAGGUGGCGGAGUCGGAGAGGCCGAAGAGAAAGGCGAGCUGGAGGAGAAAGUCAAGUGUCCUCCCGCCGGAUUCUUCUUCUUCUUCUGCUGCUGCUGCUGCUUCUUUUUCCCCCGGGAGCAACAACAGCCAACGGCCUCCUUUGAGAAGAGGAAGCUCUUUCGUCUUUCUCACACCCGGCCCUCAGUGGGACUUCACUUUGAAACGAAAACGCAGAGAGAAAGAUGAAGAUACGGUCAGUCUGUGCAGCUUCGAUUUUAAGGAACCCAGUACUAAGCGCGUGCGGCCACUGGGCCGAGUCACCUCCCUGGCGAACCUCAUCUCCCCUGUGAAGAAUGGGGCCGUCCGGCGCUUCGGUCAGACCCUGCAGGCUUCGUUGCGGGGCGACGGGCGCUCCCCGGGCGUGCCCCAGCACAAACCAGGCAGCAAGGCUGCAGCACCCACACCACCCAAACGCCGCAACAGCACCCUCUGGUCCGAAACCUUGGACGUGCACCAAAAAGGAACCUUCUCCAUGAAGGAGAUAAAGAGACAAGAGGCCAUAUUUGAGCUGUCUCGCGGAGAGCAUGACCUGAUCGAGGACCUCCAGCUCGCCCGCAAGGCGUACCAUGACCCAAUGUUGAAACUAUCAAUCAUGUCCGAAGAAGAGCUGACUGCCAUCUUUGGAGAUCUGGACGCUUACAUCCCACUUCAUGAAGAUCUGUUGGCACAGCUGGCCAUAGCGACAGGCCCUGACGGGACAGUCGGAGAGAUCGGCCAGAUUGUAGUCGACUGGUUGCCCAGGCUGAACGCAUAUCGGGCAUACUGUAGCAACCAGCUGGCAGCUAAAGCCCUGCUGGAUCAGAAAAAGCAGGACUGGAAAGUGCAGGACUUCCUGCAGCGCUGUCUUGAGUCACCCUUCAGCAGGAAGCUGGACCUGUGGAGCUUCCUCGACAUCCCCCGUUCACGGCUCGUCAAGUACCCGCUCCUGCUGAGAGAGAUCCUCCGACAUACGCCGCCAGAACACCCAGACACUGUCAGCCUUGAAAAAGCUGUCAGCAUUAUUCAAGACGUUCUGACGGACAUCAACAUGAAGAAGGGCGAGUCAGAGUGCCAGUACUACAUCGAUAAACUGGAGUACCUGGACGACCGGCAGAAAGAUCCACGCAUAGAGCAGUGCAAGAGCCUGCUGUGCCACGGCGAGCUGCGCAACAAGAGCGGCACGAAACUGCACGUGUUCCUGUUCACUGAAGUACUGGUCCUGACGCGGCCCGUGAUGCGGAACGAGCGCCAGUGUUUCCAGGUGUACCGUCAGCCCAUUCCGGUGCAGGACCUAGUGCUGGAGGACCUGCAGGAUGGAGACGUGCGCAUGGGCGGAUCCUUCAGAGGGGCUUUCAGCAACUCGGACAAAGCCAAGAACAUCUUCCGUGUGCGUUUCCAGGAUCCGGCACAGGGUCAGACUCACACACUUCAAGUCAACGACAUCUUCCACAAGCAGCAGUGGCUCAACUGCCUGCGCAGUGCCAUGUCCGUCGUCCAGAGCGACGCCUCCACUGACGCCUGCCCCGAUCACUGCUCCUCCACCGUCGUCAUGGAGGAGACGGAUGAGAACCAGCCUCAAAGCCACGAGCCUCAAAGCCAUGAGCCUCCCAGCCCCACACCUUCCACCACCUCUACGUCGUCAUCCUCCUCCUCCUCCCCCUCCUCCUCCUCCUCCUCCUUGUCCUCGUUGUCCUCAUCAUCUAGCUCGCCAAGGAAAUCUAAAAAGGACAAGCGCAUUCUUGGCUCUCUGGGCAAAAGGAAGGAAACCAUGGUGUAGAGAGCGCUCUGGCUCGACAUGGACUAUAAGCUCAUCCCAGAGCAGACUUGUAUUUAUGUGUGUGUUGGAACCCUGUGGUUCCGCAGCAGUAUUUUUGCGUUACUGUCCUCAAUGGCAGCUAUAUCCCCACUAAUCCCCCACGCACUCCAAGCUGACCCACGGGGAGCAAAUCCGGACCAGGGAGAGACAGUAUUCUCAAGGGUUAACUGCAUGUAUCUCGAAGCGUUUUACACACAUGCGCACACACUUUUUCACUCAGUGACCAGCAUCUGAGAUUGAGCAUGAGAUCACACAAGCCCUGUUUACUGUUAGUUUGGUAUUAUUGUUUUUAUUUUAUUUUAUCUAUUUGGUUUAUAAUUAAAUUACCUUUUUAUAUUAUAUAUUUUCAACCAGAAUCUUACUGUAGCUCUUUGAUAGCUUUUUUUUUUUUCCCUUUUCAACAACAGCACUGUAGUUUUCAGCUGAAAAACAGUUUAUGCAAAAGAACAGCCACGAAGAAAAAAAAGUCUACUGGAAAUGUUUAAUUUCAGUACAUUCCUCAUGAAUCAAUAAAUCAGCCUGACAUUUUGCUGUAUGGAUUGUACAUGAUUUGGUAAAAUACUAAUUUAAUUUUUUUAAAACCAAAAAAAAAAAAUCACAAAUUGUGAUUUUACACCGUCACAAUCAAUAUAUGUAGUUUUUUUUUUUUUUUUUUUACUCGUGUAAAAUUAAAACUGAGCCAUGUUGGCUUUUUUUUUUUUUAAAAGAAAGCUAACUCCCGACAGGAAAAGGAUAAAUUUUCAAUGUAGCAUCUUGCAUGGAGCUUUACUUGUACAAUGGCGUGUAAAUGCUUGUAUAAAUGGAUGAGUUCACCACAAUCGCCAGCAAGGAACUUGUAUGUUGUAUGAGGGUUUAAGAUACGUUGUCUAUAAGAAUUCUGAAUUGUGUCGAGUAAGAAGAGUCUGUCUUUGAUUCUGGAUACUGCGCUUAAUCAGUUUUUGGUUGCGUUUCAUUGUAGUGUCUUGAACAAAGAAUGAAUGUCGGAUGCUUUGGUGAAAAGCCAGUGAGCGUUUUACUAGGAAAGAUGAAAAGCAUGUGGAAAGAAAGGCAAAAGUGAAUGUUGGAUGGAAAAAAGAGUCGCGAAAACAAGUUUGUUUGUAUAAAAGACAAAGAUGUGUUGAUGUUAGUGGCGCCACCAGGGGGGGGCUGUGGCCACCCCUACAAAUUUACUGGCCACCCCACUGGCCAGUAUAGAUUGUAGUAGCCUCAGUUAUGCAGUUCAUCCCAAAUGCACAGCCAGCCAGACAAGACGCUCUUGAUCUUCGGUGAGUGAGGGAAGAUCAUCUUCCCAAGAGGGGGAAGUAUGCGUCGUAACGUGCUUUUUAAGUGCUAAAUAGUGCUGUAGCUUUUUGACGGAUUUUUGACAUGUAUAACUGAGUUACGUAGCUAACGUUAGCUGCUGAUUGUAUGUUAUAUCAGUCAUUUUCAGACAAUGAAGAGAAAGUCCACAGACUUCUUAUUUUAAGAAAAAUAUUAGAACAGGAGAGAAAGAGACAGCAGGGGAGCAACAGAGGCUUAGUGAGGAGGAGGAGGACGGAGUAGAGGAAAAGACAGCAGGAUACACAGCCAGCAUCAAUAACAGAUCAUUAGUAACAUUAAAUAUAACACAAUAAACCAAAGUAUAUCAGUAGGCAUUUCCUUAAGUCUUUCUGAUAGUUUUCUACUGGCCGGUUUACUACAACAGUAUAAUGAUAUCCUGAAAUUAUGGCUUUUAGUGUGCCACCCCAAGUGUCCCCAUCUGGCCACCCCUAUGAAAUAUUUCUGGAGGCGCCACUGGUUUGAAGUCUGAAGUGAGCUUGUAAAUCUGUUUACUGUAUAAAGAGAACAUAAUUAAAGGGACAAUAAAGAUCUGUGUAAGAUAUGCAUCUGAAAA